AGCUGACAAAGCACCAUUUAUCCAGUAGCGGAUCAUUAGGGUCAACCCUGCCCAUUAUCGUGGGGCGCCGCCACUUCGGACUGCGGCGCCCAUAGCAUGUCUCGUUUGCUGUUGCUGCUGGCCACACUCCGCGCCCAUGCGGUGAGCUUGCAAGGGACCUCAAGAAGAAGUGGUUUCAUGAGCACUGCUACACUCGCGCGGAGUGUGGACUACUUCAAUCCAACCUUUGUGGCACCGCAGCUGACGCCCAAGCAGUUUCUGAUUAUCAGCAGCCCUUCUGAGCAGAAGAUCGUGUACACCGAGUUGAAGAAUUUCAAGGCCACAACUGGACGCACCUUCGCCCUGAUCGACUCCGGCCUCUCAGAACCUCAAGGAUUAGCCUUGGACCACGACCGAGGGGCGCUCUACGUUGCGGACAAAGGGGCCAAGAAGGUCCUGCGCUUUCACGUGUACGUAGAAGACAACGGCAAUGGACGGCAGCUGGUCACCGACGGCGUGCAACUCUGUGUCAUGCAGAAUGCGGACACCUCGUGGGUCAACGUGGACAUCAACGGUGAUGUCUUCUACUCCGACGCGACCACCAAGACCAUCAAUAGGAUCCCUGUGGAGGUUAUUGACAUGCUCUCGAAGGGAUCUUACAGUGCCAGUGAUCUCAGCCUCGUCUCCGAAAAAACUUUGGAGCACGGUGGAGGUGCCACCUCCAACGUCGCGGUGUCGCGCUUUGUCUAUUCGCUGUAUGAAGGUUCAGCAAACCCUCAUGUCAGCACCCCUGCGGGCUUAGUUUCCGAUGGAGCCAGGCUAUACUGGACCAACUCCGUUUCUGGAAAAAGCGUGGGCUCCGUGGUCGAGGGCGAGGUGUCACCGCAGCUUGCAAGCGGAGCAACCAGCUUUCCAUCAACCAUGCUCAGCAACCAGUCGGACACAGGCUACGGCAUGACGAAGUCCAGCAAAUACAUCUUCCUGAGCGCUCUGAACAACGGCAUGGGCGUGGUUUCUGGGGUCACAACAGGCGGUGCCACCUUCGACUUCAUCACAGGGCUAUCGUCUCCACGGGGCCUCUGCUGGGAUGGGGAUCAGACCAUCUAUGUGGCGGAUGAGGCAGCUGGCGUGGUCUACUCCUUCCCGGGUGGUCGAUUGAUGACGGGCGCCCCCUUCACUAAAAGCGCAGUGCUGCGGGGGGCUUUUGGAGUUGCAGUCCUGUCUGAGCAGGACAAGGCUUGGCCCUUGCGACCCUUCCGCGCAUGAGAGCUGUGUGGUACUCGAGGUCAAGUGGUUUCACCCGAGAUGCGUUGAUCCCAGCGGCAACAAAAAGCUGCAGGGCCCACUGCGAGGGAGAUGGGGAUGGCUCAAUGCCACUGACCCCCGAAAAAGACCGAACACCAUGAA